AUGGCAAAGAUUGCUGAACAAGCAGAGCGUUAUGAUGAAAUGGUCUCUUACAUGAAGGAUGUCGCCAAAUUGAAUGUUGAUUUAACAGUAGAAGAACGUAAUCUCUUAUCUGUCGCGUACAAAAACGUGAUUGGUGCUCGUCGUGCCUCUUGGAGAAUCGUAUCAUCCAUUGAACAAAAGGAAGAAAGCAAAGGUCAUGACGCUCAAGUCGUCAAGAUUAAGGAAUACAGAAAUAAGAUCGAAAACGAGCUUUACGAUGUCUGUAACGAUAUCUUGAAGCUCUUGGCUGAACAUCUGAUCCCUUCUGCUCAAGAUGGUGAAGCCAAGGUCUUUUACUACAAGAUGAAAGGUGAUUAUCAUCGUUAUGUCGCAGAAUAUGCUGUCGGUGAUGCUCGUAAGGAGGCUGCUACUGCUGCUCAUGACUCUUACAAGUCCGCCACAGAUAUUGCUCAAGUCGAAUUGGCCACUACCCAUCCUAUCCGUCUCGGUCUUGCCUUGAAUUUCUCUGUCUUUUACUACGAGAUCUUAAAUGCUCCCGAUCGUGCUUGUCAUUUAGCUAAGCAAGCCUUUGACGAUGCCAUUGCCGAACUCGACACCUUGAGUGAAGAAUCCUACAAGGAUUCCACCUUGAUCAUGCAAUUAUUGAGAGACAAUUUGACUUUAUGGACAUCUGAUAUUCAAGAAGGUAACCUCUCUUAA